AUGACUGCAUCUAGGGUGCCUCCUUUUUCGGCGGGCCUGCAGUUCACCAGGAAAGACGUCCAUGAGCCUUCUGCAGAUACUGCUGUCGAUAAUCGAAGCGGCGUAUCUGAUGGAGAACCUCAAGCGACCGGUAGAACACCAGUGAGGGAAGAGGCUCGCUGCUUCGAGUCGGAGGAAGAGCGACUCCUGUGGAAAGCCGCCAAGCUGCGCCACCGCAUCGAAACGGACUUGAUGCCACGACAGGAGUUGGCCGAACGCGCCCUACGACACGGUCGUCGGCAACUUGUGAAGCUACAGCGCCUCUUGCCGAGUGCGGCUUUCCUGGCGUUCCGACAGAAGUGUGCCGUGUGGUGUGAUCGGCUGCGCCUCUUCGAAGAGCUUGUGGUGCACACCAUGUUGAGGGAGGCUGUGGACGGCGCCGCGCGCAGUGGCGAUGUGAAGACACCCGCCCGAUGGCGGAAGUCGAAUCAAUGGCCGGCCAUCACCAAUUUUCUGGAGUUGCAGCUGCAUUUGUGUUUCGCGGUCGGGGGAAGUGCUGUGGUAGAAGCCUCUUCGCCAGACCAGUCGAGCAGCGAGACCUCUGCGGUUCACCGACAUCUGGCCGCGAUCGGGGCAGCGCAGCAAGAACGUCUUCUGACAUGUGACUUUCUUCAUCGCUAUUAUACAUUAAGGGACAUUUUGCAUGGCUGGGGAAAUGGCUGGUACGUGCGGGCGCCUUGUGCUGCCGACGACGAGACCGUCAGCUCCACUGCACGCGGUUGUGUGCCACAUGAGCCGGACGUCUCAUGCAUCUGCCCGUUUUCCCAGUGGGAGAGUCUCUCUGCAGUGGAUCGACUCACAAGCUACUCAAAAAUAUGCUCCCACCACCUCACCGAAGACGUGGUGGAGUGUUUGGAGGCGCUCAUGUUCACGCACUUUGCGGACGUGUGGUGCCGUGUCGAGUCCGUCAUGAGCGGUGUAAGCACGUAG